AUGGUAGACAAGAUCGGGCGCCCACGCAAGGCUGUAGGCAGCAACGACCCUUCCGAAACGGGCAAGGGCACGACGAGAGGCCGCCCACAACACCAAGCAUCAUCACAUUCAGAAGCAUACUACAGCGCCCACGACGGGUUCGAAGAUGCGCCCAUGCAAUCCGCAGGAUUAAGCGCUCCACAACUGCGCGACUUUGAAGAAGCGCAAGCCGAGCCAGAGCCACGAGCUCGCCCGGCCAAUAUCCGCACCGGCACCGUCGCUGAGUCGCAAAUCGGUGCCGACGAAGAGGAAACCCCCUAUCAGCCCGCAUCCGCUUUCUCGUCUUCUUCCUCAAGCUGGGAAGACCUUCCUUCCUCUGCGACGGCAUCCCUUCCGACCGCCACACCCUUCCCCGGCACUUGGCCCGCCGCCAUCCACGACACCAGCGCCGCGCUAUCAGAGGUCUCCACUGCGACCCUCUCUUUCGCCAGCGCCAUCGCAUCCUCAGGCUUAGGUCGCGCAUCAUGGAGUAUCGGCGCAGCAACUCUUUCUUCCACCAACCGCGCGGCCCUAACUUUCACCGCCUGGGGCAUGGAGAAGACAGGAGUCAUGCCGAAUGAGCUUCCCGCACCAAUGAGAAAGUGGAUCCAAGGGAAGGAAGACAGAGACCGAAGGAGGAGACACGCUGAGCAGAGAAGGAGGGACAGGAGGAGAAGGGAGCGGGAUGGAGUGGUGAUUACCGGAGGAGUGGAUGAAGAAGGCGGAUAUGUGCUGGCUACCCAUGAGAUGGAUGGCACGCUGAACUUCGAGGGUAGGGGGCCUCUGGAUAUACGGGAAGAAGCAGGUGAACAGGAGAAAGUGCAAGACCAUGAGACAGGGCGGGAGGAGAUCGAAGAGGAACAGGAAGACGAGGGGGGUGGCCUGGUGGGGGUCUUUGAGUUUGAUGACGAUGAAGAUAUAUAA